AACCAGCUCUUUUUCCAUCUGUUUUCAAGGUUUUUGAAAGCCUCCGCGCGUCAAUAUGCCUCUUCUAGUCACUCCAGAUUUCUCGUCAGGCGAGUCUGACGUUUCUGUCCCUCUCAGCGAGCUCAGUAUGGCUGUUUCCGAUGACAGCGACUCUGCUGAGGGCGAGAUCCAUGUGGCCUCUUCUGGUCCUUCUCCCGAUGUGGAGACUGAUGAGGAUCCCUUGGGUGCAAACCCCAGCUCCCCUGCCAGUGUGUCUGAGUCGCAUGGUGGUCCCUCGAUGGCCACAGAGAAGAGCGCGAGCCCUGUUCAGCCUGUCUUGAUUCCAACCGCUGGUCGGCACCCUCUUCCUGAUGGACGGCGGUCUGGCCUGCCUGCUUCAAGUCCUCAAGCUCCGGUCGAGUCGUCUGCCGCUCGUGCUGAUACCCUGAUUUUGCGUCCUUCGGUCGAUGGUGCCUCCGAUUCAGUCGGUGUUGGUCUUUCCAAGCGCUCUGGUGCUGGUUCUACGGGGAUUUCUAGCCCGUUUAUCGAUGACGACGACGAUGAUGAUGAAGACGGCUCUGUGCUCCUUCAGGAGGCGCCCAAGACUGUAGGUUCGCACCGCUUUU